GAGGAGCCUAUUUCAUUGAUGAAGAAGAAGCAGAGGAAGAGAGCAGGUGGCCAUCUCUCUCUUAAAGCCAUCUCUCUCCAACUCCCUUUCUUCCUUCUACACCACCUCAAACAUACAUAUAAUAUAUGUAUGUAUAUCUAUUAUCCGAUACCAUCAUCAAUAUAUUGGAUACAAAUUUCCAGUUUUCUCCAAAACCCAAUUUUGUUUUUGAUGAUUUAUAAUUUUGUAAACAAAAAGAUUGAAUUUUGACAAACACCCAAAUAGAAUCUUGUCUUAAAAAUGACAAAUUUCAAGGGAAAGAAUACUAACAAGCCAAGAUUAACACUAAAAACUCUACCUUUUUUCUUAUCUUCAUCAAAUUCAAAUGACCUUCAAAACAAGUCACAAAAAAGACUAUUUGGAGAUCAAAAUGGUGUUGUUGGACUGGGAAUUGUGGUGGCUUUGAAUCAAGAAUCACAACAUGCUCAUAACAGUACUAAUAAUAUUAGUGCUCAAAAUCCUGUUUUUUCAGUUUCACCAAGAUCCAAUCCAAUCCCAAUAUUCAGUACUAAAAGGCCAAUUGUUAAAAAUGAUGUUGAAAUUGAGUUGUUGGAAGAGUAUACAUGUGUUAUAUCACAUGUUGGGAAUAAUUUGAUUAAAAAAAGAGAAUAUUUUGAUGAUGGGCUCAAGAAGAAAAGUGGUGCUAGUUAUUGGGUUAGUAGUACUUAUAAUAAUAACAAAAACAAUAAUAAUCAUAUUAGUGGUGGUGGUGGUGGUUUGUUUUGUGGACCAUCUCCACCAAUGGUUAGUAGUGUUGGGAUGGUGUUUGAUGAUGUGGAUUUCUUGAGUUGUUGUUACCUCUGCAAGAAAAAGCUUCUUGGAUUGGAUAUUUUCAUGUACAGAGGUGAGAAAGCUUUUUGUAGUGAAGAAUGCCGGUACAAGCAGAUCUCCGCUGAUGAACACAAAGAAAAUUAUGCAUCAGGGGUGAGGAAACAGCCCGAAUACGUCGAGCCUCUAUGCUCCAGUCCUAUGCAGUUUCCUGCCGGGAUGGCUGUAGCAUGAAGUUUUUCACUACAUAAUACUCACGUAUCUUAUAUAUUUAUAUAGUAUAUAUAUACAUAUAUUAUAUAUAGUAUACAUAGAUAUAAAUAAUGGAAAUUUUGGUUCAAAAAAUGAACCCUGAAUAAGUUUAUAUAUGUUUCGGCGGCAAAGAAAACAAUGAAGACUGGUUGUGGGUGAAAGAGGGGCUUUAGGGGUAGUACUUGUUUUUAGCUUUGCAGUUUUGUCAUCUGGUUGUUCAUAGAUUGUAAUGAAUGUUUCAAGAUUUUGAUGUAUCGGAUACAACCAGUCAUGCAUGAUGUACAAUCUUUUGAUGCAUGAGUUAUUGUCACUUGUUGCAAACUAAAGUUGUGUAGCAACUUGUUUUUGUUGAUGAUCAUGCAUCACAAUGGAAAGUUGUAUUGAUGGACACAUUUGUGGUCAUUCACUGGAGAUUAUGAAUGUACUUUGAUGAACAAUUUCGGAA